AUGGAGCUGGCGUUUGUUUACGUCCUCUGGGCUUUAUGUCUAUGCAGGAGUUCAGCUGAUGUCUCCAAAUUAAAAUUUAAACGUGCUUUAAAUCCUGUGCGACUUUUCAAUGAGGAGGAGCUGAGGAAAUACGACGGGAGCCAGGAAGACCUGCCUAUUUAUAUGGCAGUUAAUGGAGUGGUGUUUGAUGUCACUAAAGGAAAAGAGUUUUAUGGAAAGGAUGCUCCGUACAAUGCUUUGGUUGGAAAGGACUCGUCUCGAGCUGUGGCCAAAAUGUCCCUGGAACCAGAAGACCUCACAUCAGAUACUACUGGUCUAACCGAUGAACAGUUGGAGAGUUUGGAAAGUACUUUUGAAUUAACUUAUAAAACCAAGUAUCGCAUCGUGGGCUACACUGCCUCCCGGAUCCUGAAGGAAGACUUCAGACCUGAGGACCAGCCCAACUUUUGGAACAAAGAUGAGUUUUGA